AUGGAGGACCACAAGGUAAUCAUGUCUCCAAAGCCCCAAGAGCACACGCAGGUUCAUACCACUGCCACUCAGAAGGCGAACCAGGCCGCUUUCCAGACAAACAAGAAUCUACCAAAUUCCAGCACCCCUACACAGGAGGUUGCCGCCUCGCGGGCUCCGGAUCCUACCCCAGUCGACAGUCACAACGGGUGUGAAACGGAGACUCACGAUGCCCAAGGUGGGAUUUGUGCGCCGGAUGAUACCGCCGGACUUUCCAACCAUGCGGUCAUGGUGCGCCGUAACCCCAACACCAAGGUCUCGGGCACCGCGUAUGACGAGGCUUGGUCGCGGCUGAGCAGGGACGAGAGGGCAAAUCUGUCUAACGAAACCUCGAUCAAAACUCUAUUCGAGAAACUGGACGAGACUGACCAGCGGCAUCAGUCGAACUCCUUGCUCAAGAGGGGCAAGAUGGCCGCCGGCCUGCAGUACGUAAGCAACAUAUGUGGUUAUAUCAACCUAGUGGCGACUUGGAUCCCAGUGCCAGACCUGGGCGCUGUAUUGAGCCUCUUCAAAGGAAUUGUCGCGAUAGCCGUAGCUAUAUGCGGCGCCUAUGAUGGCCUUACAAGCCACAUUCGAGAGUUUCUAGACCACAUACCGGUGAUUGAACGAUGCAACACAGUGCUCUGGUCCAACAGUGCUUCCAAGAUCCUGGUGGCGUGCUAUUCGACCCUACUCGCUUUCUACAGUAAGGUGAUGGCCUUCUUACUGGAGGAGAAUCGUAUCAAACGGAUUCUAGAGACUGUUCACUCCGAGAUCCCUGGAAUCGUUACCGAUUUCAACGGCCACGCCGACAAACUGUCGAAAAUGAUGGAAGUUGAGACACUUGUGACAGUGAAAAAGAUCCUGGAUCAACAGACUGAAGAUUUUGUUGAUGACAACUUGUACAAACAACACCACAUCGGCAACCGCAACGCCGACGAGGGCAACAGGUCGGACGAAGCUUGCCGUUGGAUCAUUUCGGAAGAGACCUUUGAAGACUGGGCAUAUGGAGCUCACGGUGUCUUGACAAUGUAUGGAGUCGUGGGCUGCGGCAAGACAGCCACGGCCUCUUUUGUUGCGAAGUACCUACGCGAGGAAGGAAGAGCACCAGUUCUGGCCUAUUACUGCACGCAACAAGAAGAGGACGAGCUCCGCUUCAUCCUCUGCAGCCUGACGUACCAGCUGCUGCAGACGAGGCCGGAGCUGAAGGAGAAGUUCAAGGAUUGGUCCGAAAAGCGACAGGCAACGACUCUGGAUAAGCCGUCCAACAAGCCCGCCGUCCUUGCAGAGUUUCUCUGUAGCUCCCUGCAGAGUUCCAAGGAGCAGGUGUUUAUCGUCCUCGACGGCCUUGACGAGUGCGAGGAGGAUGCUAGGACUGAGCUUCUUGUUCUAUUCAGAGAUCUCAUCCGCAAUGGUGCUCUGGUCAAGGUGUUUGUGUCUUCGCGGCAGCGAAACGAUAUCUUACAGACCUUGGCUAGCUCCGAGACAACAGAAGAGCCCGCAACUGAGCCAGUCCCCCAGAUACCCUUCUUCCACAUCGACAUGUACCCCACCGAGGAGCGCGACCGAAUCCUAGCCAAGCACCUGGCAGCUAAGCCUCUGCGACAAAUCGAAGAUAGCAAGGUGCGGGAGAAGGCCAUAGAGCAGCUAGCAAAGCGCGCCGGUGGUUCCGCCAUCUGGCUUAAGAUGGCAAUGGCGUCGCUGGCCGGGGCCAAGAACGAGCGCCGAAUCGAGAAAUGCCUAGAGUUCCUCGAGACGAAUCCGGAACUUGUUGACUGGUACGAACGGCUCUUUAAGGACGCCGAGUCGGCCACGUGCAACGAUCGGGAUAUCCUGGAGCGAGCCCUGGAGACCCUGGCAGUGGCCCGGAGACCCCUGACCAUUGACGAGCUCGCAAGGGCAGCGUACAUAGAUGACGCCGAGAACGGGGAGAGUCUAAGUGCUCUGAAUGAGGCAGCGGAGGAGAUAGACUUCUUGAGUCUCGUCCGCCCGUUUGUGACAACGUUGGAGGAGUCGGCGGAUGGGAAAAAUCCGAGGGUGCGUCUUGUGCACCAGUCGCUGGUGGAACUGCUCCUCACAGCCCGGCCUUCCGAAUGGGAUAACAUGGCCGCAACUAAAGACCGCAGAAGAAUCACGGAGCAGCAGAAGGAGCAGCGCAGACUCGAGCUGAACGAGCAACUAAUGGGCAGGUGUGUCAAGUAUCUCCUCUUGGAUGAUUUGGAGGACAAGCCGUCCGACGAGGAUGCAGACACAGUCAUAGACACAGCUUCGGAAGAGCCCCAUGAACAAGACGAGACAUGGGGUGUUCUUGGUUUCGAUGAGAUGUUUGUGGAGCCUGAGACCCAGAAGAGGGCGGAGACCCGGGCUCAGAUCUCGCACCUCCAGUUCUACGAAUAUGCCGCCUCGCAUUGGGCAAGCCACUUUGCUGCCUGCGAGAAAGUCGCCGCGGAAAACCUCAGAGAGAAUGCGAAGGCGCUUCUGAAUGUUGCUGCCAGCGGGUGCACCGACUGGGUGUCCUUCGUCCGAACCGAAAAGGAGGCCGAGGGGGAGGUAUUUCCGACUUCUUCUGAGACUGCCACCUUAGCAGCGUAUUUCGGCCUCUGCGAGACCCUCGCUGAAGCCCUCGCCGGCCCCGAUACUGUCUCUCAGCCAACGAAAAAUGAGGCACUCUUCUGGGCAUGUCGCGGAGGCCGCGAGCGCAUCGUCAAGCUGCUCCUAGAGAACGGCGCUGAUGCCAACCAGCACUUCGCCGAUGGGCAAACAGCCCUGACAAUCGCCGCACACCGUGGGUACCUCGGCUGUGUCCAGGACCUGCUCACCGAUCAGCGGGCAGACGUCAACGUGCGGGGCAGCAGUAAUCGCACGGCCCUCUCCUUCGCGGCUGGCGGCGGCCACGAGGAGAUCUGCGCGGCUCUCUUGCAGCGCGAGGACUGCAGACCGGACGUGACAGAUCGGAAGGGAAAGACGCCGCUCUUUCAUGCGGUUGCUGCGGAGCACUUGCCCACCAUCAGGACCCUGACCGCCAACCCCGGUGUCAAUGUUAACCACUUGGAAAACGCCGGUCGCACGGCCCUGUGCCAGGCGGCCGAGUCCGGGGCGAUUUCCUCUCUCAAGCAGCUUCUCGACACGGAGGGCGUCGAUAUCAACCUGCCGGAUAAGGAGGGAAGGUCACCGCUCAUCUGGGCAGCCUUCAGGGGCCAUACCGCGUGCGUCGACGCGCUGAUGCAGCACCCCGGGAUCGAUAAGACCGCAGCUCACUUCAAGGACAGAAAGAAUGCUAUACAUUUCGCUUGCGAGACAGGCAUGCACGAGGCGCUGCUUUGCCUCCUGAAGCAUGACUGCCCCGGUAUCGAUGAUCCCGAUGUGGAUGGCUGGACGCCGCUGAUGUGGGCGAUUCAGAAUAGCCCAAAGUGUGUCCUAACUCUGCUUGCGACGGGCCGGGUCGAGCUUGAGCGCCGUGAUAAUCAGGGCAAGACUGCGCUGGACCUGGCGUUGCAGUGGGGCCAGUCGGCCGAGGUCGCCAGAAUACUGCUCAAUCAAGGCGCUGUUCCGGAGUCGACGGACAACAACGAGCAUACGCCGCUGGACGUGGCGAUUGAAAAGAGGACUUCCUGA